AUGCUUCUUCAUGCCAGGGAUUUGGAUAUCAAAACAUCAGGGACUGGCUGUGUGAAGAUUCAGAAAAUAGAAUGUGAUAACUGCAAAAUAGAGACGGAGAAGGGGACUAGUGUCUUGCAGUCAAUAAAGAGCCAUAAAAUCGAUAUACGGACAAACGGUGGCAAAGUAAUUGGUCUUGGAACACUUUAUGGAAAUACAGAUAUUCAUGCGACAGAGAAGGGUAGCGUGAAUAUAGAGAAGCUGCAGGGGACAUCCAUCAACAUAUCUACUGAAGAUGGGCUGCUGAAAACUAAGUAUCUCUAUGCAGAAUCAUCAUACCUGUCUUCAGUAGCUGGUGAUAUUCUGCUGGGUAGUAUUCACGGUAACACCAGCCUUCAGACCAAAACCGGGAAUAUCACAGUAGAUUCAUCAGAUGGGAGUCUAAAAGCUUCUACACAUCAUGGGACGAUAGAUGUUUAUGUCAGUCAAUUAAGAAAAGUGGAUCUGAAAUCCCAGAAAGGUUCAAUUACAGUCAAGGUACCUGCCUCUCUCAAAGCCUAUUUACAACUGUCUGGAAGAAAAGUGGAUGUGAGCUCAGAGAUUCAGUUAAAAGAGACACAGAGUGCCUCCAAAGAUGAUCACGUAACUAUAAGUGGUCACAUGAAUCAACGGGGCGAAACAGACAGAUGGAUUAAGGCUGACACACAAAAUGGCAAAGUGUGUCUUAAAAGCCAAAGUUGGAUCCAGUCUGUCAAGCUGAAGAGUUCUUAAAGGGGAAAUCGGCCAAAGAUAAUAAAUCAGGACAUUGUAAAGGAACAUUUCUGUAAAAUUAUGAACCUUUUUUGAUGUAUACUCUUAAUAUAAGAGAGAAACAAUAUUAAAAAUGAGGGCGUUUUAAC